AUGGCUCAAGGCACAGUCAAAAAGCUCGGACGAGCAACCCCAGCCAAGAUCACACACUCAAAGCGACAAGCAUCGAAGGUGCAUAAACCCAAGAAGACAAAAGCGAGCGUCGACAAGGUGCACAAGAAAUUCACAAGCGGCAUGACGGCGCGCACUGAAGCGCUCCUCGGUGAGCGCGCAGGACAUCUGGAAUUGCUUGGACAAGGAAAGAAGAAGACGGAUAAAAAGACGACUCAAAAGGGCGGUUCGAAGAAAUUUGGUUAA